AGGCACAUAAACAGGUUUUAGACACAAUAACACAAGACAGAGACUCGUUAAAAUUCGAGAAAGAAAAAUUAGUAAAAAAUUUAAAGCGACUGGAAGGAGAAAAAGAAGAAUUAAAUAAGGAACUAAUCCACUCUAAAGUUGAAAUGACAAAAAUCACAGGUGAACAGAAAACAAUGGCUGCCGAGAAGGAAUCUAUGGCAGAACAAAUAGAAACUUUACAGAAAUCUGUUGAAAAAACUGAUAAAUUAAAAGCAGAGUUAGAGAAACAGAAGGAUGAAUUAAAGAAAGAAAAAGAUGAAAUCGCAACAGAACGAGAUCAACUGAAACAGGAAAUAAUUGUUUUUAAAGCAGAUUUACAACAAAAAGAUAUUCAGAUAGAUACACUUCAAAAAGAGGUUGAGAAAUUGAAAGUAGAAUCUGCAAAUCAAGCCAAGAUAUUAUUAGAGAAAUCACAAACAGAAUCAGAAACAUCCAAUCUGGCCACAGAAAUAGACAAUUUACAGAUAUCACUACAGAGUGUAGAAUCUGAGUUAAAGAUAACACAGGCUGAAAGAGAUGAGAUGAAAUCGAAAUUACAGUUAGCCGAUUUAAUAUCAGAACAACGACAAAAGUUACAAGAAGAGAAAAGUCAACUGCAGAAUGAAUUACAAGAGACUAAAACAAGAUUCAGUGAAGAUUUGUCUAAAGUGGAAACUGAGAAGACAUCUUUACAGGCUAAGAUAGAUAACUCUGCUGUACAGUUAACUCAACAAGGCAAAGAUCUGGAUGUCUAUAAGAAACAGAUAAGUGAUUUACAGAAUGAAAACUCAUCUUUAUCAGACAUUCAACAAUCUCUACAGAACUCAAAUCAACAACAUCAACAACAGAUAGAUGGUUACGUGAAAAAGAUACAGAAUUUAGAAACAGAGCUAAAAACUGCCCAGGAGAAAACAUCUCUCUUACAAUCUGUUGAUGGUUCAGGUGAAGUUGAUCCAGCUAAAGUCAAAUUAUUAGAAGAAAAUGAAUCAGCUAAACAACAAAUAAGUUUCCUGAAUAAUUUGAUAGUAAAUCAACAGGGUAAACUACAUGAGUUGCAGGUUCGUCUCGAAGCUAUGGAAUCUGGAUCAUAUAAUAAUGGUCACUCAGAUCUCGCACCAGACGAUUCUUCCCCAUCUGGACAGAAAUCUGCACCUCGAUUAUUCUGUGAUAUUUGUGAUGUUUUUGAUCGACACGAUACUGACGAUUGUCCGACGCAGGCCAUGUCUGAAAGUCCCGAACCAUCUCGUCACCAUGGUGAUAGGGAUCUUAAACGACCUUACUGUGAAACCUGUGAAGAUAUCCGCCAUGUUGAAGGUAAAUCAGAUAACGAAGAUUCCUGGCAUGAAGCUACUGGUGCGGAACUCUUUACAAAUACGACUAAUGAGAUAAGGGGAAUAGCAGAGACCAAAGGGCGCCAGAGUCCCAACGAUGAAAUAACUUUUCAGGCCGAGAAAGUUGGCUGGAGCAGAGCUUUAGGGGCAGAUGUAAUCCAUUCAUCAUCCAAGGCGAUUGAACUUACGAAUGAAUUAGUUCCUGUUGAACCAGACAAGCCUUCAGAGAUAACAGCCAUGAACCCAGGAAAAAAAACCGUGAUAAAUAAUGACCCGAUAGUUGUACCUAGAGAACACGUGUCAGAAUCUAUUGGUUUUCCCGAGUCACAAAUACCGGAUACCCGACUGAGAAGGCAGGAGGAGGAUUCGAAGAAGUCUAACAAAAAACCCCGACCGAAGUCUUUCCCAGCCAACGCACAGUCACCUGAUUCUAACUCAAAGGACAAAUCAUCGAUUAAACCGCGUCCUACAUCCAUAGUUGCUGGUGAAAAACCUGACCAGACUGCGAAGGGCGACAACUGCGUUGUUUCCUAAGUUUAGAAUCAACUUUUGUGAAACGCUGAACUGUACUUACUGUACUUUUAAUUGAGAAUUAAUUAAAACAUGUGUACAUAAAUUAACAUUAAAGUAUUUUAUUAACCCCGAUUGUACAAUGAUUCACAAAACGAAUACUCCCCCCGAGUUCACAAAGCAUUCUCAGACUUAAGUUAAGAACUGUUCGCUGUAUUUUAACUAAAAUAUAGCCAUUUAUAAAACUUUUGUUGUUUUAAUGUAUCAAAUACAUCAAUAAGAAACUAUGCGCAAAGUUUUGUGUCUCUAAAUGAUCAAAGAUAUUUCUUAUAACCAGUGAAUGAAAGUUGAGUAAAUUCUUAAAUUAAGUCUGAAAAUGCUUAGUGAACACGGGACCUGAUUAUUAUUUUUAUAAACCCACUUUCGUCCGUCCCGUCCGUCUACAUUUGGUUUGUAAACGCAAUAGAAGCUAGAAUUUUUGAUGGAUUCUUGGUGUGAAGCAUCGUGGUCAUGAGGUGAAACACCCUGUCGAUUUUCAGCUAAAGGUAAUAUUUUUUUUUCAAAUCUGAUUGGAAGCAAUGGUGUCAUAUGCGGAUGAACCCUAUAGAGUAGAUUUCUUCAAGGAGCCUAAAUUCUUAUCCAAUUUGAUCCACAUUCACGUGUUCCUUUUGGAUAAUUCUACUAAUACUUAUUAAAAUAGAUUGUUAUAGAUUGUGUAUAAGCUGCACCCGGAACAAGACUGUUUUACGUGGCAAUUUUUGUACAUUGAUUAACAUAAUUGUAUUACAGUGUGCAUCAUGACUAACUGGGAACUGGGUAUUAUUUAAAUAAUUCAACUAAUACUUAUUAAAAUGAAUUGAUAUAGAUUGUGUAUAAGUAAGCAAUAUACAUUUGCCAUUUAAACAUUUACAGUAUUUCCCAUGUUAUUAAUGUUAUCGUGAAUUUAUUAUUGUUAUUGUACAUUUAAUUAAAAUAUUACUGUACAUUUAAUUAAAAU